AAAUAUUAUUGCAAUUCGUAUUCGUAGUAGGUGGUUCCUUGAGCCAUAUAUAAGCGUGCGCGGAUUUUUUACCGGCAUUCGAACUAGUUCAACCAAACUAGGCAACAAUCAAAAUAAUCAAAAAUGAGAUUCGCCGUACUUAUCGCCUGCGUUGUGGCAGUUGCCAGCGCUCAAUUUAACCAGGGACAAUAUGUACCAAACGACCAGAGUGGUCAGUACAAGAAGUUCAACCAGUACAACCCCUUCAGCAACCAAUUCCCUGGACGUAGCCAAUACAACCAAUACAACCGUUACCAACCCCAGCCUACCUACAAACCCUUCGUUACUUCCACUCCCUACCCCGUCCGCCCUGUGACCGUUACUGAGGCCCCAGUUGCCGUUAGCAUCGGCAAGUUUGCCCCCGUCCCAGCCCCAAAACCAGUCCAAUACCCCGUCGUUGCUGUCGCUAAGGUUGCUGCUGAUGCACGUUCCGCUGAAACCGUGAGGUACGGCAACGAAGUCGAAGCUGACGGCAGCUACAACUACUUCUACGAGACCAACAACGGUAUCGCGGCUCAAGCCCAGGGUGUCCCACGUACCUUCGCCGGUAACCCCCCAGUAUCCCCCGCUGUGGCCCAAGGAUCUUUCUCCUGGACCUCUCCCGAGGGAGAAGUUAUCUCAAUGACCUACGUCGCCGAUGAGAACGGUUACCAGCCCCAAGGAAACGCUAUCCCCGUAGCCCCAGAAGUACCAGCCCAGAUCGCCCGCGCUCUGGCCUACAUCGCUAAAUACGCCCCCGUCGCCCGGGAAUAAACAGGAUCAACAAUGACAAUCACAUCCAACUAGUUUAAAAUUAGUGCCAUUUAUCUGUUGUUGCAUUUUCUUUAUCUGUUAUCAUGUACAAACAAAUAAAUUAUAAAAUUAUCUGUA